AUGUACUCUGUUGCUCGUGUUGCUUGCAGAAACUCUAGAGUUUUGGCUAGAAUUCCAAGAACUGCUUUGCGUUACAACUCUACUGCUCCAGCUGUUGAAUCAGCUGUCCCAGUUGACCCAAAAAUCUCCAAUAUUGUCGACCAAAUUUCCAAAUUAACCCUUCUUGAAACCUCAUCUCUCAUCAGCGAACUCAAGACAAAACUUAACAUCCCAGACAUCUCAUUCCCAGUUGGUGGGGCUGCCCCAGCCGCUGCUCCAGCUGCUGCUGAAGAAGCCGCUGAACCAAAGGAAGAAGUUGAAGAAAAGACAAUUUUCAACAUCAAGCUCGAAUCAUUCGAUGCCAAGAGUAAGCCAAAGAUCAUUAAGGAAGUCAAGGGUUUGUUAGAACUCAGUUUGGUCGAAAGUAAGAAGUUUGUUGAAGCUGCCCCAAAAAUUUUGAAAGAAAACGUCACCAAGGAAGAUGCUGAAAAGAUCAAGAAGGCUUUGGAAGCCGUUGGUGCCAAGGUUGUUCUUGAAUGA